AUGUCCAACGCUUUUAAUUUCGUAUUCGUCAGUAUCUGUUUACUUGAGGCAGUCGUAAUCAUUGUUGGAAACGCUCUCACCUUCUGUGUCUUCUGGUCUCAAAGACCACGUCUCAAGGGAACUUAUUAUAUUUUAAUGAACCUCGCUGUUUGUGACUUUCUGGUGGGAUUAACAGAGACUGUUAUUCUAGCAUGCUCGGAAAAGUUUCGGGAAACUACUGCACCAAACCGUAGUGGAGGAGAAAACGUUUAUGGUUUUUGGCAGGGAUUCCAGACCUUUUCCUCUAUCACGUCGGUGUUUUUUCUUGCACUAAUUUCGCUGGAACGGGUUUACGCUGUGUUAUAUCCUCUGCGCCACCGCGUAGCAAACACAAGUGCUUAUAUUUACAGUAUCAUUGUUGUGUGGGCACUCGGAAUUUGCUUGGCUGGGAUAAUUUUUUUGAAAAUCUACUACGCAAAAGUAAACGAGAUAGCUUUUGUUUUAUCGACUCACUUGAGCCUAUUUAUUGCUCUGCUGAUUACCUGUGCCAGUUACAUCACGAUACGCUAUCGAUUGCGCAGAACAGCAUCAUCAUCUGAGUUAGUCGAGGGCCGUAUCCACAACCAAUUGAGUGUAGAACACAGCUUGCGUCUUUCCAGAACACUUCUCGUGGUAGUUGCUGUGUCGCUGAUUCUUUGGCUACCGGCGUUUUUCGUGUAUACCGCGAGAGUUUUUUGUCUGAGAUGCAUCCCUGAACCUGCAGUAUGGGUCGUAAAAAGCUUGCAUUUGGCGAACUCCAUGGUGAAUCCAUUCGUUUACAGCUUUAAGAUGACGGUUUUUAAAGAUGCAUUGAAAAAAAUGUGGAGAAAACGAAGAGCAAACAUUGAAAUUGUAAGACCUGUUUCUGUAGAAUUGCAGUGA